AUGGGCAAAAGAUCGAGAGACGAGGCUGAGGCUGCCUCAGAGGUGACAGAACUCAGCAGCAAGAAGCAAAAAGUCAAGAAGGACAAGAAGGAAAAGAAGGAGAAGAAGGCAAAGCUUGCGGCCGAGAAUGUUGCAGAUGGCGUGGAAGACGAAGACGCCGCUGCGAAAGCAGAGAAAAAGGCGCGCAAGAGGGCUGAGAAGGCCGCCAAGAAGGCUGCCAAAGCGAACGGUGCCGCGACUGAAGAGGAAGAUGUGGAUGUGUCGAAGAACAACGGAAAGACAGUGACCGGCGUGAGCAAGGCAGAAGGAGAUGCAUACUACAAGGAAAAGCAAAUCGCGGUGGAAGAUCCGCUGAAGGAAGCUCUUGGUCCAGUGCUUUCGUUCGACAGCCUACCCUUUGACAAGGAGACGCGAAAAGCAUACUUCUCAGGCUUCAGCACCCCUACGCCCAUCCAAGCCGCUUCGUGGCCAUACCUACUGAACGGCAGGGACAUGAUCGGUGUCGCGGAGACUGGAUCGGGAAAGACCUUCGCGUUCGGUGUACCUUGCAUAAACCGUUUGAAGAAGGACGUCAAGCGCAUUCAAGUGUGCAUUGUCAGCCCUACGAGAGAACUGGCUCUGCAGAUCCAGGAGCAAAUGACCAAGCUCGCCAAACCCAAGGGUCUCAAAGCAACGUGCGUUUACGGUGGUAUGAGCAAGGACGAUCAGCGACAAGCUCUCAAAGGUGCACACAUCGUGGUAGCCACACCCGGAAGAUUGAACGACUUCAUCGGCGACGGCACCAUCGAUCUCUCAAACACAAAAUACCUCGUCCUCGACGAAGCAGACCGCAUGCUCGACACUGGAUUCGAGCAAGACAUCAGGAAGAUCAUCACAGCAGCCGCAGACGGCAAGGACAGACAAACCCUCAUGUUCACCGCAACAUGGCCCGAAUCCGUCCGCAAGCUGGCUUCCGAGUUCCUGCGAAACCCAGUCAGGAUCACCAUCGGCGACAACGCAUCCGGCGAACUUCGCGCCAACACUAGAAUCGUGCAGGAAGUCGAAGUCAUCGAAGAGAUGCAGAAGCAGUCCCGUCUCUUCGACGUCCUCAGACAGUACCAAUCCGGCAAAAACAAGAAGGAUCGCAUCCUCGUCUUCUGUCUAUACAAGAAGGAAGCCACGCGUGUUGAAGAAUCCAUCCGACGGAGAGGCUUCCCAGUAGCCGGCAUCCACGGCGAUCUUAGCCAGCAAAAACGCAUGGAGAGUCUGGAAGCGUUCAAGAACGGCGAGGUGCCGUGUCUCGUAGCUACAGAUGUCGCUGCUCGAGGACUGGAUAUCCCAGCCGUGAAGGUUGUGAUCAACGUCACCUUCCCCCUGACUGUGGAAGACUAUGUUCAUCGUAUUGGAAGAACCGGUCGAGCUGGCCAAGACGGCCGAGCCAUCACAUUUUUCACUCAGAACGAGAAAGGUCUCGCGGGCGCUUUGAUCAAUGUUCUCAAGAAAGCUGAUCAGCCUGUGCCAGAGGAGCUGAUGAAGUUUGGAACGACAGUCAAGAAGAAGGGCCAUGAUGCCUACGGCGCGUUCUUCAAGGACACGUCUGAUGCGAAGACGGCGACUAAGAUUACGUUUGAUUGA